UUUAACCUUGUCCCGAAAUGACGAGCUUGGUAACACUUGAUGUUUUUUCUCUAAAAUGCAUCAUCUUCUACCUCUUGGUGCUGCAGCUGAGCCUUCAAGCUCUCUCCAACAGAGGGAAUGAGACAGAUUAUCUUGCCUUGAUACAGUUCAAGUCCAAUAUUGUGCAUGACCCUCAAUCAAGUCCAAUAUUGUGCAUGACCCUCAAAAUCAUGAGCUCAUGGAACGAGUCACUCCAUUUCUGCAACUGGGAAGGAAUCACAUGCGGCCGCAAACACAGAAGAGUCAGCAUUCUUGAUCUUCAAUCUAAAGGGUUAGUGGGUUCUUUGUCUCCUUACGUCGGAAACAUGAGUUUUCUUAGGGAGAUUAGUCUUCAAAAUAACACAUUCGAAGGUGAAGUCCCACCUGAAUUAGGAUAUUUGUUCAGGCUGCAAGUUUUAAAUCUUGGAAAUAACUCCAUUGAAGGGAAAAUCCCACCUGACUUGUCCAAUUGCUCUAAUCUUCUUCAUCUUCAGUUAUCCUGCAACAAACUAGCAGGAAAUAUUCCAUCUCAGCUUUCCAAUCUGUCUAAGCUUAUUAAAUUUUUAGUUUUCUUUAAUUCUUUGAACGGUCCCAUUCCACCUUCCAUUGGGAAUCUUACCUCAUUGGAUUUCUUAGCUGCAACCCAAAAUUUCUUGGUUGGAACUUUACCUGAUACCCUUGGCCAACUCAAGCACUUGACAUUGCUUGAAAUUGGUGACAAUAAACUCUCAGGUACAAUACCUCAGUCUGUUUACAAUAUUUCAACCAUCAAUCAUUUUUAUGUGGCUGCAAAUCACUUUCAUGGAAGUGUUCCAUCAAAUAUUGGCAUCCUUCUACCUCAACUUCAGAACUUUCAAAUAUGGGGAAACAAUUUUAGUGGGUCAAUUCCUGUUUCAUUAUCAAAUGCUACCAAACUUCAGUAUAUACAUGUAGGAGUAAACAGCUUCACUGGAAAAGUAGAUGUCCGCUUUGGAGGCCUACGUAAACUUGAUGAGUUAACCUUGGCUGAAAAUAAUCUUGGAACCGGAGAAGGUGAUGAUUUGAAUUUUAUCACUUCUCUGGUCAAUUGUAGCUAUUUGAGAACUUUGGAUUUCUCUCGUAAUAGGCUAAAGGGAGUUUUUCCGAACUUAAAAGCUAAUCUAUCUUCAUCUCUUCAAUUGCUAUCAUUGGGCACAAAUCAAAUAUAUGGAGGCCUUCCUCGAUGGUUCUUUACUCUUGUUAGCUUAACAACAAUGAGUUUAACAACAAUGAGUAUACAAGUUAACCAAAUUACAGGUGCUAUUCCAAUGGAGAUUGGUAACCUUGAAAAAUUACGAGUGCUAUAUCUUGAUCGCAAUAGAUUAUCAGGACCAAUUCCAUCAUCCAUAGGCAAUCUAUCGUUUUUGAUUCAGCUUGGACUGGCUGAUAAUAAUUUUCGUACUUCACUCCCUUCUGGUCUUGAUUGGCAUAACAUGUUAUUCUUGGAUCUUUUCAGAAGCAACAUUAUCGGUUCCAUUCCUAAACGGUUCCAUUCCUAAACAACUUUUUUCUACCGCUUCCAUAGCCCACACAGAAGAGAUCUCCGAACAACAAUGCCUAGCAAAGCAUUUGAGAGUUCUUUCAUAUGACAGGAUUCUAAGCAACUAAUGUUGUUCUCUUCAGAGGACUUACUUGGUAUGGGAAGCUUUGUACUGUCUAUAAAGGAAAUCUUUGGGACAAUGGAGGAUUCAUUUGAGAAUGGAGGAUUCAUUGCAGUAAAAGUAGUCAACCUUCAACAACGGGGUGCUGGAAAGAGUUUCAUGGCUGAAUGCAAAGUCUUGCAAAAUAUACGUUACAGAAAUCUUGUGCGAAUCAUAACAUCUUGCUCAAGUAUCGAUUUUCAAGGAAAUGAUUUUAAAGCACUUGUUUACGAGUACAUGCCGCAUGGGAACCUUGAAAAGUGGCUGCAUCUGGGUUCUGAAAUGCACAAUCAGCCAAUUAAGCAACUAAGACUAAACAUCCUUCAAAGAAUGAAUAUUUCUAUAGAUGUGGGGAAUGCACUAGAUUAUCUUCAUCGCGGUUGCCACGAGCCAAUCUUUCAUUGUGAUCUAAAGCCAAGCAACAUCCUUUUUGACAAUGAUAUGGUUGCUCAUAUUGGAGAUUUUGGUCUAGCAAAAUUUCUCCCUCAACUGAUGAAUCCAGUUCAAAGUAGUUCUCUUGGUGUAAGAGGAACAAUUCGCUAUACCGCUCCAGAAUAUUGGUUUAGGAAGUGAGCUUCAACAAGUGGAGAUGUUUAUAGCAAUGGAAUCCUUUUGUUGGAGAUGCAUGUACAGGAAAAAAAACCUACUGAUGGUUAUUUUUGCAGAAGGUCUUAA